AUGUCCCUUGGAGGUUUCUCCAGAGUAGUUUUUUCCGAUCCCUUCGAUAGAGAUUACUCCGCUGGUAAAAUAGGCGUGUUCUGGGACGUGAAUGAUUUCCCCGUCCCCGAGGGUCGCGGGAUUCGUGAAAUUGUCGAAUCUGUUCUUAGGGAAAAUGAUUAUAUUGGUGACAUAUCGAUCACUGUUUAUGGAGAGAAGAAUCCUCUCUCGCCUGAAGAAGCCGCCGAGGGUGGAAUCACAUUCGUACAGAGAAGUGAUAAAUAUUGGAGAGUGAACGAUAUGCUAUUGGAUAUAGCUUUGUGGGCGGUGAACAGCCCCUAUCCUCCUCGUCACAACCCGGCAAGCGUGAUGGUCCUUGCAAAAAACAAGGAGAAGACCGAAUUCUUCAGUUUCCUUGGAAGUUUGAACAAUGCAAGUUUUAAUGUCUUAGUAGUAGUGCCGGACGAUGUUAAACCAGAAGAUCAGAAUGUUCCACCUGUUAACGGGGCAUGGUAUUGGAAGAGCAUACAAGGUGAUGGAGAGCCUAUACCCAAAGAUGAAUUUCGACUCUUUAUAAUUAAACAACGACGUCUUUAUCGAGACAAUGCUGCUCAAGUCGAUGUUCCUGAAGGCGCUUGUGAUAAGUGUAGCAAGUCGUGCUCUGUGUAA